UCGUACAACCCCCCAACAAGUCAUCGGACCUGUCAAUCAGCCGCUCGGCACCCUUUGAUGUCGGGACUCCUCGCCUUGUCUUGGGCUCAAAUGAGCUGUUUGCUGUUGUAGGGAAACAUUAGUCUUCUACCGACUCCACCAGCCGGGGGACGCCACAUCUCAACUUUUUUUUUUCUUUCUUUUACGCAUGUGGUGGGGCUUUUUCUGCACUUUGGAGGCGCCCCAGACUGAGGAGAUUUAACGCAGAAGUCCCUCUACUUUUAUUUUUCUUUUCUUAUCAUUAAUUUUCUUUUUGAAAAACGACACAAACAAAUAUAAAAAGCGUAGCGUACCAUCGCAGGGGGUGGAAGUAGACAACAUGCCUCAGCUCAGCAGCGGCGGCGGGGACGACCUGGGAGCGAAUGAUGAGAUGAUCUCGUUCAAAGACGAAGGAGAGCAGGAGGAGAAAAUCCAAGAGAACGCGUUCACGGAGAGAGACCUGGCCGACCUCAAGUCCUCUCUGGUGAACGAAUCGGAAAUAAAUCAAAGUCCGAACGCGGCGGCGGUCAGACGGGGACAGCAGUCCGAGCAGAGGGGCUUCCCAGACAAACACCGGGAGCAUCUGGACGGUGUGUCGAAGCAACAAGAUGGAGGCAUGUACAAGUCGCCGGCUUAUCCAGGGUACCCGUUCCUGAUGCUGCCAGACCCGUAUCUCCCCAACAGCUCGGUUUCUCCAUCCUCCAACAAAGUCUCGGUGGUGCAGCAGUCUCACGGGAUGCACCCGCUGACGUCCCUCCUGCCCUACGGCAACGACCACUUCAGCCCGAGUCCUCCACACCUGCCCACAGACAUGAGCCAGAAGACAGGAGUUCACAGGCAUCAGUCCCAGGACCUCUCAGGGUAUUACUCCCUCCCUCCAGGCGGCGUCGGACAGAUCACUCCCUCCAUGAGCUGGCAGAGCCAGCCAGUCUAUCCAGGCCUGUCCCCCUGUGGAUUCAGGCAGUCCUACUCCUCCAACCUCCCCAGCGCCUCAUCCUACUCCAGGUUCCCUCACUCUCUGAUGCUCGGAACGUCAGGCAUGCACCCCACAGGGAUCCCCCACCCAGCCAUAGUGCCCCCUACAGGCAAACAGGACCACGACCAGUAUGACAGGGGGAUGUACGUGAAGCCGCAGGAGGCCAAGCGGGAGAAGGAGCCCAAGAAGCCGGUCAUCAAGAAACCCCUGAACGCCUUCAUGCUCUACAUGAAGGAGAUGAGGGCGAAGGUGAUCGCAGAGUGCACGUUAAAGGAGAGCGCCGCCAUCAACCAGAUUCUGGGACGAAGGUGGCAUGCGCUGACCAGAGAGGAGCAGGCCAAGUACUACGAGUUGGCCCGAAAGGAAAGACAACUGCACAUGCAGCUCUACCCGACCUGGUCUGCUAGAGACAACUACGAGGCGGGCCUUAGCGGGGUCGCAGGGGAAAAGAGUAAAGCUGAUUGGGGCAAGAAGAAGAGAAGAAAAAGGGAGAAGCAGCAGGACUCCAACACAGACCCGGGCUCUCCUAAGAAAUGCCGGGCUCGCUUCGGCCUCAACCAACAAACGGACUGGUGCGGUCCUUGCAGGAGGAAAAAGAAGUGCAUUCGCUACCUUCAAGGAGGAGGCUGCCCCAGCCCAACUUCUUCAGAUCUAAGUGCUAUAGACUCUCCCCCGUCCCCGUCUCCCUCCCGCCACCACCACCACCACCACCACCACCGCCUCCUCUACCAGCGGCCUCCCUCCCCCGGCUGCUCCCCGCCGCCGCCCACCUCCCCCCCGACAUGCCUCUCCCUGUCCCCGCACACGCCGCGCUCACACGCAACACGCUUACCCCCGGAGCAGUCCACCGCCAACAAGCGCGGCGACCUCCGUCAGCUGGCCGCCAAACCGGCCCACACACACCUGGAACUGUCCAGCAGGCAGACCAACAGCAGCUCCACGGCGCUGUCGGCCGCCAAGGCUGCAGGACUCUCCCUCAAAGUGCUAUCAGAGACUCAGUGAUCAGUGUUCACAUCCUCCCCCCCAGCUCGCCUCCCGCCUCCUCCAGAGCCGUGAAGAUCAUCACCUCCCUCACAGCAGCACCACUUUGGUUUCUUAUUUUUGAUAAAAGAGGCUGUAGUCUCAGUUCAGAGGCUGGAUGCUCCAGUCUGUAGUUCUGCACAUCAAAAAUCCUCAUCAAAUUCAUACGUUCCCUAGAUUGGUGUUUAAUUAUAGUAUCUUGGCACAUUUUACCACUUUGGCUCAGUUUUGUCUCCUUUUCUAGCAAAUCUGAGGGAUCCAGCCCCUGAACUGGUGACUGAAAACCUGCCAGCUCCAGACCACACAGUCCUGCUCACACAGAGGCAAAAUUAAGUGGAGCCCAAGAAGAAAAUUUCUUUAAAAAUCUGUGGUUCUUUGGCUCCAUCUGCUGCAGUUAAACUGAGCCAACGCCAUUACUUUUGCCUCGUGGAAAGCUCAGCCUCAGAGUAGUUUUACAAAUAAUUCAAUAGCAAAUUUGAUGCUUUUUUUUGUUUUUCGACCUCCAUGACAAUCAACUGUUUGGCAAAUAAGCUCUUAAUGAAAAAUCAAGACUAUCAAGAGUCCAUAUUCACAAAAAGAGACCCUCCUCCUCCUUUACAUAUCACUAUAAGGCUGCCGUUUACACAUCGUAUCAUGUCCAUUAAAAACCAUGAAAGGGGAGCAGAGACUAACAACCACCCAACCUGACCAGCAGAACCUCACAUUCCAGGAGACACCAUUCCCUUCUUCUUCUUUUUUUAUCUGGCCACCAGUCUGACUUCACUUUCAGUUUUUAAACAUUUAUACCUACAUGUGCAGCUUCUUUGACAACAAAAAAAUAAAUAUUUUUACAGCGAAAAUUCUCAAGUUACUUCUUUUAGGCACUUUCAGGCUCUUCAUCUCUGGCUUCAUCGUCCGGUUUGUUGUGUUUUCUCCUAAUUUUUGGGGGGUUUUUUUUUGGUUUUUUAAGGUCAGAUGUUUUGCUGGCGGGGAAACCCUCAAAGAAGAGUGUUGUUUUAUUUUUAAUUUUAAAGAAGAAAAAGUCUCUUGGCUGUUUUCCUUUUGACUGAACAUUUUUCCGCUCGACAAACUAAUCUGAGACCAAAUGGGUACUAUUAUAUUGCAUUGUGUUGUAAAGUUUUAUAUUAUAACUAAAUUUUUCUAUGUUUUUAUGUAAAAAAAAAAAAAAAAAACUAAACUAAAAAAAACAGUUAAUGACCAAAAAAAUGAGCUUGUUUUAGUUUCUACCAUUUCUGAAAGCAAUACAUUUUGUGUGUCCUUUUUGGUUGUUUUUUUUUAAUGUCAAGUGUUACUGCAGCAGCGUUCAACAAACUAUAUCUUGUGUUCUCAAUCGGUGCAUGUUCCAACGUUAAUGUAACAGACAUUUUAAAUCAGAAAAUAAAAAAAAUAAAGGCUUUAAUUUACCGUUCUGCUCGCAGCUUCGAACUCGGCUUACAACUCUGUGGUCAAAGUGUAGGUUGAGCUUUUUGUACAGCAAGUUGUGUUUUCCUCCAGCAGAGAGCGCUCUUGUGCUAGAAACCUUUUCAUUUGAGGAUGUUCAGGUCAGUAGCGGAAACACCUCAGUGAUGUCUUUUUGUAUUUUUGAAACGCCUCUGAUGUAUUACUUGUGUUUUUUUUCUGUUUGAUGUAAUAAAGUGUUUUGAAUAUCU